AUUUGAGUGUCUUUCGAUUUGGCAAGGCUGCGUUCCCGGUUUCUUGCUCUAGAAAAGAAGGCCAAGUGGUUGCUGUUUAGUCCUCGUUUUAGUUCUUUUUGGUUGGCGAUUUUCGUGGAGGCAACCCAAGGCCGCUAAGAUGAAGCAGAUUUUGGUGUCCCAGACCGUCAAAGUACCGGAAGGUGUUACUGUUAAAGUAAAUGCCAGGCGAGUUACCGUCGUCGGACCGCGCGGCAAGUUGAUGCGCGACUUCAAACACUUGGCACUUGACAUGCAGAUGAUCGCCAAAGAUGAACUCCAGGUUAACAAAUGGUUUGGUAAGAAGAAGGAGAUCGCUGCCGUCAGAACUGUCUGCUCUCAUGUCUCUAACAUGAUCAGAGGAGUAACCAAGGGUUUCGAGUACAAGAUGCGUGCUGUCUAUGCUCACUUCCCCAUCAACUGUGUCACAUCUGAGAACAACACCGUCAUUGAAAUCCGUAACUUCUUGGGUGAAAAGUUCAUCAGAAAAGUAAAGAUGAUGAAGGGAGUUACAGUAGUUAACUCUGCUGGCCAAAAAGAUGAGCUGAUACUCCAGGGAAAUGACAUUGAAGCUGUCUCCCAAUCAGCUGCUUUCAUCCAACAGUGUGUUAAGGUCAAGAACAAGGACAUCCGAAAAUUCCUUGACGGUAUCUACGUCUCCGAAAAAUCAGCGGUAGAUAAGGAAUAAAACGGGUUUUGUACUGUUUAAGAUGGAAACUGAAUACACAGUACUUGUGCCUGAA